AUGGCGUUCGUUCAAGCUCUUCUCUCCAAUCCCACUGUUCCAGCCGAAGAGCGGCAAAAGGCACUUGACCGUGCCUUUUCCGACCCAGGGCUACCGACAACCAAACCUACUACUUCGUUCUGGUUGAGAAAUCCGCAUCCUACCCUCGCGCAAGCGCAGUCCUCCAAUCUACCCUCCGAAGCUGAAGUUGUCAUCAUCGGAUCUGGAGUAGCCGGGGCCUCGAUCGCAAGGACUCUCCUCAAGUCCCGCAAGCCGGGAAAGGAGGCCGGUUCCAGACCUGCUGUCGUUAUCCUGGAAGCCCGCGAUGUCUGUAGCGGCGCUACUGGUCGCAAUGGCGGUCAUAUCCUUGAGACUGCGGAGGAAUUUGUAGACCUCGAGGAGUCGAUCGGACUGGAAGCGGCCAAGAUAACAAUGAGGUUCCGGAUGGCUCAUCUGAAAGAGCUACUGAAGACAGCGGAUGAGUUUGGACUGACGGAGGAGAGUCAAGCGAGAAAAGUACAGUUCCUCAGUGUCUAUUUUGACGAGGAAGGAUGGAAGGCAGCUGUGCCUCGUCUGAAGCGUUUGAAGGAGUGCUUACCAGAGGAAGCUGCUGAGUGGAGAUCAUAUGAUAAAGACGAGGUUCCCAAGGAAUUCUGUCUUCCACGUGCCCGGGGCAUUAUUGCGGGUCCAGCUGGUGCUGUCUGGCCAUAUAAAUUGGUCACUGGCAUACUGGAUCGCUUGCAAAAAAAACACCCCGAGGAUCUUCGGAUCGAGACCAAUACACCGGUUACAGGGAUCCAAGAUAACAGCAGCCAGGAAGAAUCUUCGUUGCGGUACUCAGUCGAAACGACCAGGGGAACCAUUCGCGCUCGGCACAUCGUCCACUGCACCAAUGCCCACACUGGUCACCUGGUCCCCGGAUUGAGAGGCCGCAUCUAUCCAGUCCGAGGACAGAUGUCCGCUCAGAACCCUGGGAGCAAGUUCCGCGGCCAGGGCGCAGAGCACUCCUGGAUUUUCAACUAUGAGAAGGGAUUCGACUAUCUGACCCAGUUGCCGUCCAGUAAGCGUACUGACGCAGGCGAAAUGAUGAUGUUCGGAGGCGGUUUCGCUCACGGCGAGGGUGGUGGCAUUGGCGACUUUGGCAUUCCCACCGACUCGGAACUCAGCUUGUAUGCCGACAUACAUCUUUCAGGUGCGUUGAGCGCGAUCUUUGGUCGCGAAAACUGGGGUAGUGUUCCGGGGGAAAGCGUGGAGCAAAUGUGGACAGGCAGUUUGGGCUUCAGCUCCGAUGGCUUUCCAUGGGUGGGAAAGCUGCCCAAAUCAUUGACUCAGAGAGGCGAAGGCAAGGAAGAAGGCGGCUCUGAAUGGAUCUCUGCUGCAUUUUCGGGAGAAGGUAUGGUUCUGGCGUGGCUCAGUGGCAAGGCUCUAGGGACAAUGUUGCUGGCUCAUGACAACAAUUUGGCGGAGACUGAGUCCGCAGACCUCUCCUGGGUCCCAGAGCAGAUGCUGGUUACUGAGGAUAGGGUGGAAAAGGCUGUAUUGCCUCGUAAAGUGGAUUUCCAUCCGUCCUUAUCUGUAAAUCACUGA